CAAUAACACGUCCUCCAAUUACUGCAUGCCAUUCAGUACACUCUGUCCUCUCUCUCUCUCUCUCUCUCUCAAAUUUCCUCCCCCGAAUUCAACAACCACUCUCGUACUCAUCGAACGCCACCAUGAACUGAAUCCUCUCAAAACCAUCCUCACCAAUUCACCUCCCAUCUUUCUUCCUCAAUCCCACCAUUUUUUUCCAAAAAUUCAAGUGUUCAAGCUAACUUAUACGCACGUUAACUAAUCAACCGCCUUCCCCUCCAAAUGGCCAAUCAAAAAUCCGACCAAUCCCAGGAAAAACCCCCCAACCCCAACCACCACCACGCCGCCACCGGACCCCGAAACGUCCUCUUCGGAAAGUACGAGAUGGGCCGUCUACUAGGCCAAGGCACCUUCGCCAAGGUCUACCACGCUAAGAACCUCGUCACGUCCGAGAGCGUCGCCGUCAAAGCCGUCAGCACGGACCAGGUCAGGAAGGAAGGCUUGAUGGACCAGAUCAAGCGGGAGAUCUCCGUGAUGCGGCUCGUGAGGCACCCGAACGUCGUCGAGUUGAAGGAAGUGAUGGCGACGAAGCAGAGGGUGUACUUCGUGAUGGAGUACGUCAAGGGAGGGGAGCUGUUCGCGAAAGUGGCCAAGGGGAGGCUGAAGGAGGAUUUGGCGAGGAAGUAUUUCCAGCAGCUGAUAUCGGCCGUUGAUUUCUGCCACAGCCGCGGUGUUUCGCACCGCGAUCUCAAGCCUGAAAACCUCCUUUUGGACGAACAUGAAAAUCUUAAGGUUUCAGAUUUCGGGCUUUCGUCGCUACCGGAACAGCUGAGAAACGACGGGUUACUCCACACCCAGUGCGGAACUCCUGCCUACGUCGCACCAGAGGUUUUGCGAAAGAAAGGCUACGACGGCGCCAAAGCCGACAUAUGGUCGUGUGGAGUGAUCCUCUACGCUCUGCUAGCCGGAUUCCUUCCAUUCCAGGACGAGAACUUGAUGAACAUGUACCGAAAAGUCUUCAAGGCCGAGUUCGAGUUCCCCCCGUGGUUCUCCUCCGAGUCCAAGCGCUUGAUUUCGAAAAUCCUGGUCGCUGACCCUGAAAAAAGGAUCUCAAUAGAAGCCAUAAUGCGUGUCCCCUGGUUCAAGAAGGGGUUCACCCGCCCCAUCGCGUUUACAAUUCAAGACUCGUCUUUCGAGCUUUCCAAUGACAUGAAGUUCGAAGGCGGGAUUGGAGAAAUUGAAAUGGUGAGGUCGAAAUCGUCGCCUCCGUUUUACAAUGCGUUCGAGUUCAUAUCGUCAAUGUCUUCGGGAUUUGAUUUGUCGAACCUCUUCGAGAGGGAGAAGAGGUCGGGGACGAUGUUCACUUCCAAGAGCUCAGCCUCGGCCAUAAUGGCGAAGAUCGGGGCGUUGGCGAAGAAGUUGGGUUUCAAGAUUGUGGGUGAGAAGGAGUUUGUGGUGAAGAUGCAGGGGAAUGCGGAGGGAAGGAAGGGGAAGUUGGCGGUGACGGCCGAGGUUUUCGAGGUGGCCCCGGAGGUGGCUGUGGUGGAGUUUUCGAAGUCGGCUGGGGACACGCUGGAGUACCGGAAGUUUUGUGAGGAGGAUGUUAGGCCUGCGCUCCAAGACAUUGUGUGGAGUUGGCAAGGUGAAGAUAGUAGUCCUAACAACUGUCAAGAAUAACGGUUAUGCUUUGUUUGCUUGUACUAUACUUCGGCCACCCAUAUAGCUCAAAGGCUUGUACCCUAACCGAAAAUUAAUAUCGACGGAGCACCAACUCAGCAAACUAAGAACGGGAUGAGGAGUUGAGCUGACCGCUUUUGGUUCGGUUUGUGUUUGUUUUCUUGCCCUGUUUAGGCACGCGUGAACGUGCCACAUUGGUGUUUCGGAAUCACAGAACGAUUUUUCGUCCGAAACUCCAAAAAUAUCGUUAAUCUACUUUUGAUGUUAUGAUCGUUACGGGGUGGUUUUUUUUAACCCUUGACACUCCAAAAUCUUGCCUUAGGUAAGCACCGUGAAAUGCUAACUGUUUUAUGUAAAUAGAGGCAAAAACAAGUCACUUCAAGUAGGGUAUUUAGGGGCAUAGUGUUCUUAUGUCCUAAUAGUGUGUGUGUAAAUAGUGUGGUAGGAGUAAUUGAGUUCAUAAAAGGGUGUCUAUGGAGAGGAUGUUUUGCGAAUGGAUCUUUGUGCUGCUUAUAUGUAUAUAGUUAUAAUUUGUGAA